AAGAAGCAACAGGCCUGGAAUCUCCGUCAACUCGUGAAUCCCAAAUUGCCAAUCACCGAUUCACCAUGGACAUGGAGCUAUCGUUGACCUCAUCGGUUCCCCUGUUCCUCCUCUUGCUGCUUCCUGUGCUCUGCUUCCUCUGCCUGCGCCGCCAUGGCACCGGGAAGCAGAUUAGUGCCGGCGGCCUCAAGGCCUACCCCGUCGUCGGCACGCUGCCGCACUUCGUCAAGAACCAGCACCGCCUCAUCGAGUGGUCGGCCGGCGUCGUGGCGCGCUGCCCCACGCACACCAUGUCCUUCAACUUCAAGAGCUUCGGCCUCAUGGCCGGCGCCAUCACUGCCAACCCAGCCAACGUCGAGUACGUCGUCAAGACCAACUUCCAGAACUACCCCAAGGGGGAGUACGUGGUGUCCGUCAUCGAGGACUUCCUCGGCCAUGGCAUCUUCAACUCCGACGGCGACCAGUGGCUGUGGCAGCGGAGGGCCGCCAACUACAAGUUCAGCAAGCGGUCGCUGAGGAACUUUGUAGUGAGCGCCGUCCGGUUCGAGGUCGUCGACCGGCUGCUUCCGCUGCUCGAGCGGGCGGAGCGCGACGGCCGGACGCUGGACUUGCAGGACGUGCUGGAGCGCUUCGCGUUCGACAAUGUCUGCUGCGUCGCGUUCGACGAGGACCCGGCGUGCCUCACCGAGGAGGGCAUGGGGGUGAACGGGCGGACAGAGUUCCUGCGCGCCUUCAACGACGCGCAGAGCAUCGUCAUGGUGCGGUUCAUGUCGCCGGUCAAGUGGGCGUGGCGCGCCAAGAGGCUGCUCGAUUUGGAGCCGGAGCGGCGGAUGCGCGAGGCGCUCGCCACAAUCCAUGGCUACGCCGACAGGAUCGUCCGCGAGCGGAGGGAGAGGGGCGCGUCCGGGCUGGCGCGCAAGGACGACUUCCUGUCGCGCUUCGCCGCGAACGGCGAGCACAGCGACGAGAGCCUCCGCGACGUGGUCACCAACUUCGUCCUCGCCGGGCGCGACACGACGUCGUCGGCGCUGACCUGGUUCUUCUGGCUGCUGUCCGGCCGGCCCGACGUGGAGGACAGGGUCGUUCGCGAGAUCCGCGCGGUGCGCGCGGCGAGCGGGAGCACGGACGCGGCGUUCAGCUUCGACGAGCUGUGGGAGAUGCACUACCUGCACGCGGCCAUCACGGAGUCGAUGCGGCUGUACCCGCCGGUGGCCAUGGACACUCACUGCUGCCAGAACGACGACGUCUUGCCGGACGGCACGUUUGUCGGCAGAGGUUGGCAGGUCACCUACAGCGCGUACGCCAUGGCGCGCUUGGAGGAGAUAUGGGGCAAGGACUGCGAGGAGUACCGGCCGGAGCGGUGGCUCGAUGAGGACGGCGUGUUCCGGCCGGAGAGCCCGUUCAAGUACCCCAUCUUCCACGGCGGGCCUCGGAUGUGCCUCGGCAAAGAGAUGGCCUACAUACAGAUGAAGUCUAUCGUGGCGUGCGUGUUCGAGAGGUUCAGCUUCAGGUUCGUCGGCGGCGAGGGACGGCCAGGGCUUGUGUUCUCGGUGACCUUGAGGAUGGAAGGCGGCUUGCCGGUGCAAGUGAAGAAGAGGCGGGACUCACUCUCUUAGCAUGCAAAUGUUCUCUUUGCUACUUGUUACUCCUCAUCCAUUCCAGGUUAAGUUCUGGAUAGUAUCCAUUUUGUGCCUAAUAGUGGCAAAUUAUGAGGCCAGUAUCCAUUUUGUGCCUAAUAGUGGCAAAUUAUGAGGCCACAAAAGAUUGGAUGUGCAAUCAGGUUAUUUUUACAAAGAUAAGUGUGUGACUAAUAAAUUGGAAGUUUGGAACAGAGGUGGAUAAAUUGUGUUACCCAAUGAAAUAUGGAGUGAUUAUGAGAUAGAUACGGGCUUGAUUAGUUGAUUAAGCCAGAAAAGAAAAUGGACUCCUACUACAGAACAGAAAAGUUAUGAGUUUAUGUGAGCAACUGUUUCAACAGCUCAAGUUACUAUUUAGGCCAUUUAACAUAAUGUGUGCUCAGA